CGACAGAUGAGUUGUAAAGUGUGUUACUGAACGUUGGUUGUGUUGGAGCUGCUUGGUCUGUAGCUGAUGUUCUUGUUUGUAUGUUUUCAGCCCAAAUCCGUGAAGAAGAGCAGCAGCAUGGAGGACGAGCCACUGCUGAGGGGCGACCCACAUCGCAUCACCAUUUUCCCCAUCCAGUACAACGACAUCUGGGAUAUGUUCAAGACGGCCGAGGCGUCUUUCUGGACCAUAGAGGAGGUGGACCUGUCCAAUGACCUGGAGAACUGGGAGUCUCUAAAUGACGAGGAGCGCCACUUCAUCUCUCACCUGUUGGCGUCUUUUGUCACCAUGAACAGGAUCGUCGAAAAGAACCUGGUUAGGCACUUCACAAAGGAAGUACGGGCAUUGGAGGCCAGGCGUUUCUACAUUUUCCAGCUCACCAGAGGGAACAUCCACUUUCAGAUGUACAGCCUCCUCAUCAACACCUACAUCAGGGAGCCCGAGAACAUAGAACACCUGUUCAAUCCCAUCGAGACGUUGCCAUACGUGAGGAAGAAGGCUGACUGGGCGAACAACUGGAUCGACAACGACAGCGCCAACUAUGGGGAGCGUGUGGUGGCGUUCGCGGCCGUGGAGGGAAUCUUCUUCUCUGGGUCCUUCGCUGCGAUCUUCUGGCUGAAGAAGAGAGGCCUGAUGCCCGGCCUGACCUUCUCCAACGAGCUCAUCAGCAGAGACGAG